GUUCAUUUGCUCGUUCGUCUUCAUUUUGCUUUGGACAACGACGACGCAAUCGACCAUGCAGCUGCUUGGGCUCUACUCUCUCUUCUCCGCACUCGGGUAUGUGGACGCGCGCCUCAAUGCGUGGACGCCGACGGCCUGCGACAUCUUCACGUCGGGGUAUCAAUUCACGCUCUUCAACAAGAAGUUUGGGUACUGGAACUUUGAUGAACCGUCCAGCGGCCUUGGCCUCGCCGACGAAGAGCCCGACGGCACGUUCUGGCUCAAAGUGGGCGACACGCACCACUUGGCACCCAACCCAGACGCGACCGCGUACUUCUUCCGCACCGUGACGAUCGUCUCGGACGAAGCCGCGGUCGACUCUACGUUUGGCCCCGUCCUCAGCAAUCGUCGCUGGAGCUGCCGGCCGAUGGGCCCCGGCACGGUGGCACUCAUCGACUACAACGGGUACUCGCCCAAGCCGACGCCGUACCACAGCGAGAGUGACAGCCCGUGGCCAUACCUCAUUAGCGCCCCGGUCGACGUGCUCUUGGGGCCUUCCCCCGACCAAACAUUCAUGAUCGAUCGCUAUGCUUAG